AUGGACCACGGUGGCAGCCGCCGCCAGAAGGUUCCUGCCAAACCUCUCAAUGGAACAAGGCAUACCGAUGGUGACAAGGUGCCGGCUACAUCCAGAAUCGCCUCUACCCCUCUCGAAUGGGAUACCAACCCCUGGACAGCUCUUCCCGACCAGGGAUCGGGGUGGGAUAAUCCUUACCAUAGUGAAUCUUAUGACUCUCAAGCCAACGAUAAAAUCGCGCUUUGGUUGCGCGGUAUAGAAGCAGCAGAAAAAGGUGAACGGUUGCCCACGAUGGAGGAGUUCUUGGAGGAGCGAGAGAGAGCACAACAAGCAUGGCACGAGAGUGCCGGCGACGGUUGGGGCGACGUCGAUCCGGGAUGGCAUAUUCCCGAAAACGGGUGGACGCGGGACCAGCCCACGUUACCAACGGCCCAAGCCCAGCAAUCGAAAAGGUAGCGGGGUUGGCUCUCCGCGCGCAUACGCGAAAAGGGAGGAUCACAACUCACCGCUGAGGGGAACGACGGCCGUCCCAGUGGCGUUUCCUUCUGAAAAACGCUCGCCUGUGAGGGUAAUGCCCAAUCGCCGGCGAGAUAGUAAAGGACGACCUUUGAAUCCUUGAACAAUCUUGCUCUUCCGGGACCGUACUAUCAGCUACCAUGCUAUUUCUCGACAGCUUCAGACGGAAGCCAAUCCUCCGGGCUUCAGUUAUUAUUACCUAUGCAUGCUACGAUGCAUUU